GAUAAAUCCUGCUCCUCGCCUUUGCCUUUAUUGAGAAGGAUCUUAUUUAUGGCACCAACUAGUAACCGCAUUCUCUCUCAUUAAUCUUUCCAUUUACUCCCACUUUUCUCACUUCUCAAAUCCUCAGCUCCCCUCGCUGGUUCUACCGCUGGUGUGUGUCUUCUUCCCUGGUCUAAAAAGUUUGUUUCUUGCAGCUUCAAAAAGAUUUUGGGAAGCUAAGGAGAAACAUCAUGAACAGUGAAAAGAUUGAACUCUCCCCUGUUCAGGAAGAAAGAGAAGUUGUUUUGUCAAUCCCUAUGUCUGAGAGUUCCUCUGGGAUCAUUGAAGAAAACGUGAAUGCUAAAAGUGGGAAGAAACCUAACCUUUUUCUAGAGAUACCCACAAGAACAAUGGAGGAUUCGAGUCAAGAGUUGGUUCACAUAAAACCAUUCCCAACACCAAAGAAGGUGAAUUUUGAUUUGACACCAUGUCAUGCAGGUCCAAGUGUAAAUGUAUCAUCACCCGGCCCAUUAUCAUCCAGAAACCGAUCAUCAAUCAAGAAUCUAUUGCCUAAAUUAAGCUUUAAGCACCGGAGCUGUAAUCCAGAUUCAGAUAAGGGGGUUACUGAUAUUGAUUCUGGUUCUUCAGAGAAGCUCCCCAUAUCAAGGUCUUGGUCUUUCUCUAAAAUUUUCACACCCCGCAUGAAGAGGACCUCUUCCUUGCCACUUGAUCCUAUUGUGCAUUCAAAUCCAGAGCUUGCACGUGUGGGAAGCAUAAGUAACCCUCCAACACCAUCUUCAAAAGGAGCACUAAAGUUCAUUUCUCGGUCACUUUCUCUACCAGCUAACAGCAAGAACCAAAGCACUCGGAAAGUGGAAUGGUUUUUUCGUGUUAUACCUUCGACACCUAAAGUAAGAGAUGUGAACUCCAGUAUUCCACCUACAACUUCAACUGGAGAUUCUGAAGAAAAUGAGGAAGAUGGUGAAGAUAUACCUGAAGAAGAAGCUGUUUGUAGGAUAUGUUUGGUUGAACUGUGUGAAGGUGGAGAGACACUCAGGAUGGAGUGCAGCUGUAAAGGUGAACUUGCUCUGGCCCACCAAGAAUGUGCAGUUAAAUGGUUUAGCAUUAAAGGGAAUAAGACAUGUGAUGUGUGCAAGCAAGAGGUCCUUAAUCUCCCUGUUACACUGCUCCGGAUUCAGAGUGUACGGAAUGCUAAUAGUGGCGCAAGUAGGUUUGGUCAAAUGGAAAUAAAUGGCCAUAGGGUUUGGGAGGAAGUGCCCAUUCUGGUCAUUGUUAGCAUGUUGGCCUACUUUUGUUUUCUUGAGCAGCUAUUGGUUGGGAAAAUGGGUACUGGUGCCAUUGCCAUUUCAUUGCCCUUCUCUUGUGUUCUCAGCCUUGUUGCAUCUAUGACUGCAUCCACCAUGGUUAAGAGAAGAUUUAUCUGGGUUUAUGCAUCUGUUCAGUUCGGACUUGUGGUAUUCCUGGGUCAUAUUUUCUACUCAUUGGUUCAUCUGCAAGCCAUAAUGUCAGUUCUUCUGGCAACGUUUGCUGGGGUUGGCAUUGCGAUGAGCGGAAGCUCCAUCAUAGUUGAGUUUUGUAGGUGGAGAAGAGGACGACGCAACUUGUUGGACCAACAGCAACACAUUCGUCCAGCGGUGCUUCCUCGUGAACAACAGCCACAACAACCUGAUGUGGAAAAUCCAGAAACUCUCCAGGGGAGGCAAUAAGAAAGCACUUCAGGAAGUGAGAUAUUUGUUGUACAGAUGUAGAAGGCAGAUUGCUUAUUAAACUCUUUUGGAAUUGUCAUCUUUAGAUUUUUAGGGCCUGUUUGUAACGAUUGGUUAAAGUAGCUGAAUCCGAUGAAUAUUAUGUUAAAGGUCACUUUGGUUACUUAUUUUCUCAUGUUUGGUUUUGAAAAUGUAAAUGGAAGUGAAAUAUUUAUUUUAUUUUGUCUACACAUGUAUUGAUUUCUUUAUUAUUUAAUAAUAGACUUAAGUAAAUAAAUUG